AUGGAUCCUUUCACGCUGUUCUCGGUGAUGACGGGGCGAGCGGGACGGAGCGGCUUCGGCUCGGCCUCCACCGCCGAGCUCGUCACCGAAGGCGUUGACGCCUCCAACCUCAUCGCCAUCGUCACCGGUCCGCCUUCUCUCUCUUCCUCCUUCCGGCAGCCAUUAUCGCCGGCGAUGACCUUCUCAGAGCUGCUGGUGCAGGCGGCGCUAGCGGCAUCGGAGAGGAGACCUGCAGAGUCCUGGCCCUCCGAGGGGUCCGCGUCAUCAUCGCAGCGAGGAACAUCGACGCGGCCAACGCCUCCAGGAGCCGGAUAAUCGAGUCAAACCCUGCAGCACGCAUCGACGUCCUCAAGUUGGACCUCGCCUCUCUCAGGUCCGUGAGAUCCUUCGCAGAGAGCUUCCUCGCCAUGGAUCUCCCCCUCAACUUACUGAUGUAAGCAAAGAAGCUCCUCCUCCUCCUCCUCUUCCUUCCUCCUCUUCGCAUCAUCGUUCGCCAUGAGGAUAACUGCACCGACUGGCUCGUUCUGAAUCGGUGAUAUCGCCGUGCCUUUUCUUCAGCAACAACGCCGGCGUGAUGUUCUGCCCCUACCAGCUCUCCGCGGACGGGAUAGAGAUGCAGUUCGCCACCAACCAUCUUGGUAUGAGCAUCGACUUACCCCCACCCGGGUUUUUUCUUCUUCGUUUUUAGUAGAUUCUUUCACGAAUCAGAGCAAAUACCGCGAAUUUCGUGCAUUGACGUUGCAUUCACCAGGGCACUUCCUGCUGACCAACCUUCUGCUGGAGAAGAUGAAGGCCACAGCGAGAGAGACCGGCAUCGAGGGGAGGAUCGUAAACCUGUCCUCCAUAGCCCACAUCACCAGUUACCCAGGGGGGAUCCGGUUUGACUCCAUCAACGACGAAUCCAGGUGACGAUGAUCCACAGUCAACCCAUAAUCCCAUCUCCUAAACCCAAUGAGCCUAAGAUCUCGCAGUAUUCUUGUAGAUAUUUUGACAAAUUGGCGUAUGGGCAAUCGAAGCUGGCCAACGUCCUGCAUGCCAACGAGCUCGCCAGGCGUCUCCAGGUCCUGAUUUUUUCCACCGAAAAAAUUAGAUUUUUUUUUAUCGGAACCCAUCAUCGACAGCUGCCCAAUAAGCUUGUCCUUGACUUUUGACAGGAAGAGGGAGCGAACAUCACCGUUAAUUCCGUGCACCCUGGGUUGAUCAUGACGAAUCUGAUGAGGCAUUCUGCCAUCUUGAUGAGUGAGUCCUUGAGAUUUUAAUCAGUAGUCCCCGGAACUUCGUUCUAAUCCCUCGGAGAAAUAUCUGGCCGCAGGGUUGCUCCAAGUCGUCACCUAUCUGCUCUGGAAGAACGUGCCACAGGUACCCAUCUCAUCAAUGCCCCACCUUGAUCUUCCAACUUUAAAUAAUAUAAUUUUUUCGAGUAAAUAUCAGAUUUUGAUGGAAACCCACUUCCCGUUCUUCGCCGAAGCAAUGUUUCGAAAAAAAUGCGCAUUUAUCAAGCAUUAAUCGCAGGGCGCCGCCACCUCGUGCUAUGUGGCACUUCAUCCGGCUCUCCGUGGCGUCACGGGGAAGUACUUCCAGGACUGCAACGAGGCGAAGCCGAGCGCCCACGCGAGGGACGUGGGCCUGGCCAAGAAGCUCUGGGACUUCAGCAGCAAGCUCGUCUCCUCCGACCAGUGA